CAGGAAGUGUUUAUUAUUAGCCAUCUAGCCACCAGCUUUCCUGUUCAGAGUCAGACAGCAGCAAUACAGAGCAGAGAAAGGAGAUACAGGAUCUGAUGCUGCUAGAAGUAAAAGCUGAUAUUUAAUAUGAGCUGUUGCUUGAAGAUAAAUAGUGUGAGGAGUCCUAUGUUGAUCAUCCGACUGACUCACUGAGGAUGGACAAGGACAGGAGUCACCGGACUGAGAGGAUAUUAGACCUCACCCUGGAGAUCAUCUACCUGCUGACUGAAGAGGAUUACAUAGUAGUGAAGAAGACAUCCGGAGAGCGUGUGACCCCCAGCAGCAGCCUCUGUGUGUCAGGAAGACUGAGCAGGACCCAUCGCCCCAUCCCGGUGCCUCCAUCACACUCCCGGAUACAUGAGAGAGACAAUGAGCAGAAGAUCCUGGAACUCACCAACAAGAUCAUUCAGCUGCUGACUGGAGAGGAGUGGGAGUAUGUAGAGAAACACAAGGGUCUGUACAAGGACGUCAUUAUGGAGAGUCACCGGCCCCUCACAUCACUGGCAGAUCCCACUGAAGAUACAAAAAUAUCAGGAGCAUCUCGCAUCCCAAUAUGUUCACAAGACUGCUUGAAUGGGGAUCGUAGUAUUGGGAUACAUGUUAAGCCUGCAACAUACUCCUCAUCUGAUGAACAAAACACAAUCUACUGUCUGGAGAAUGUUACUGAGAAGCCACCUUCAUGUGAAGAAAAAAAUGCCACCAACAUAUAUACACCCUCAGAUCAUACACAGGAUACAUCUACUCAUAUUAAGGAGGAACCAGUCUCAUGUGAUGGAGGAGACCUCACACACACUGAAAUGUCUACACACACAGGUCAUACACAGCAAACAUCUCAUAUUAAGGAGGAACCAGUCCAAUGUGAUAGAGGAGACCUCACACACACUGAUAAUUAUACUCCCACAUAUCAUACACAGUAUACAUCUACUCAUAUUAAGGAGGAACCAGUCUCAUGUGACAUAGGAGACCUCACACACACUGACAUGUCUACACCCAGAUAUCAUACACAGUAUACAUCUACUCAUAUUAAGGAGGAAUCAGUCUCUUGUGAUGGAGGAGACCUCACACACACUGAUAAUUAUACCCCCACAUACCAUACACAGUAUAUAUCUACUCAUAUUAAGGAGGAAUCAGUCUCUUGUGACGGAGAAGACCUCACCCACACUGAUAAUUAUACUCCCACAUAUCAUACACAGUAUACAGCUACUCAUAUUAAGGAGGAACCAGUCUCUUGUGACGGAGAAGACCUCACCCACACUGAUAAUUAUACACCCACAUAUCAUACACAGUAUACAGCUACUCUUAUUAAGGAUGAUUCAGUCUCAUGUGACGAAGCAGACCUCACACACACUGACAUGUAUACUUCCACAGGUCAUACACAGUAUACAUCUACUCAUAUUAAGGAUGAUUCAGUCUCAUGUGACGAAGGAGACCUCACACACACUGACAUGUAUACACCCAUAGAUCAUACAAAAGAUAAUGAAGCCAUGUUGAGUGAAGAACUUGCGGACACGGAUACUUCUACACUGACAGAUCAUACACAAUAUGUGAGACCAUUCUUCUGUUCUGAAUGUGGGAAGUGCUGUAAAUCUAUCUCAGAACUCACCAUACACCAGAGGACUCACACGAGAGAGAAACCGUACUUAUGCUCUGAAUGUGGCAAAUGUUUCAGCACUAGCUCAGACCAUAUCAAACAUUACAGAAUUCACACCGGAGUGAAGCCGUAUUCUUGUUCUGAAUGUGGGAAAUGUUUCACCUCUAACUCGGCUAUCACUAAACAUCAGAAAAUUCACUCCGGUGUGAAGCCAUUUUCAUGUCCGCAGUGUGGGAAAUGUUUUACCCAGAAGGGAGGACUUGUGAGACACGAGAAGACCCACACCGGGGAGAGAGCGUAUUCCUGUAGUGAGUGUGGGAGGUGCUUCAUCAGUAACUCCUCCCUCAUUAUGCAUCGCAGAACUCACACAGGAGAUAAACCCUACUCUUGCUCGGAAUGCGGGAAAGGCUUUUAUCUGACGUCGGAUCUUGUCAUCCAUUACAGGAUACACACAGGAGAAAAACCUUAUGCUUGUCCGACGUGCGGCAAAUGUUUUAUUUCUAACUCAAAUCUUUCCAAACACCAGAGAAUUCACACGGGAGAGAGGCCGUACCCCUGUCCUGUGUGUGGAAAAUGUUUCGUUACUAACUCAAAUCUUUCCAAACAUCAGAGGACUCACACAAGAGAGAAGCCGGGUUCUUGAGUGAAACCUCUCUCCAGUAAUCACACACAUCUUCCUUCAUCAGACUAUUCACAAAGAAGGGGAGUUAUCGUUUGCUGUGAAUUUACGCCAACAUUUACAAAACAUAUUUGCACUGUACAUAUUGUAGGCUUAGGUAGUAGUGCUGUCCCUACAUACUGUACAUUAAAACUACCUGCCAGUAUUGUGAAACUAUUCCGGCUUUUGUAAUAUGUGUGAAAAGAUCUCCAGCAGUAAUAACUACAUGGUAAACUUAAUAGCCUGGCAAAAAGUAAAGAACUGAAGAGGCGGUUAAUGAGUCGGGUGCACAAAUUAAAUUUGUUUGAUUCAUUAAUAUAAUAAAACGUAGCUUUUAUUGCUUAUAUUAAUAUUAAGACAGUCCCUAAUGUAGGACACAUACAGGAAAAUAUAGAGGUUAAAAAAUGACACAUACAAACAUAUAAGUGAUAGAGUGAGAAAAUAGUGUACUAAGUUUAUUAAAAGGUGAGUUCAUCACAAUGACUCCUGCAACUAUAUGUUUGUAAUGUGUGUCAUUUGAGCCAUGAAAAGCACUUUAAUUCAUUAUUAUUAAUUCAUACCACGGCACAUAUAUGAAGGUAUUGUUAAUUCAUACCACGGCACAGUUAUACAGGUAUAGUGGCAUAUGAUGUAAACUCAAUUCAGCUAGUAUAGUACUAGAUCUGUGCCCUGAUACCGCACCUUAAUAUAGAAAUGUAUAUAUAUGUAGCACUCUUGUACAUGUGCCGUGAUCCACACUAUCCUAAACGUAUGACCAGUAUCGAUCCAAUGCUAUAAUAAGAUUUUACUCACCGGUAAAUCCAUUUCUCGUAGUCCGUAGUGGAUGCUGGGAACUUCGUAAGGACCAUGGGGAAUAGCGGCUCCGCCGGAGACUGGGCACAACUAAAGAAAGCUUUAGGACUACCUGGUGUGUACUGUCUCCUCCCUCUAUGACCCUCCUCCAGACCUCAGUUAGGAUACUGUGCCCGGAAGAGCUGACACAAUAGGAAAAGGAUUUUGAAUCCCGGGUAAGACUCAUACCAGCCACACCAAUCACACCGUAUAACUCGUGAUAUUAUACCCAGUUAACAGUAUGAAAUAUAACUGAGCCUCACUACAGAUGGCUCAUAACAA